ACAACAGUCGAAGUUUUGUAAUCGCGACUUGGCUUUUGUUUUUAAACGUCCUUUCGGUUGGACGGCGAUGUGCGUUUAGCUAAAUAUCUCUUAUAUUUUGAGACGUAUGUUAGAAUGACCAAAGAAAAGCGUCACAGGAGAAGGGAGUCAUCGGAGCGGGAGCCCAAAGUGAAGAUAAAGCAGGAGCAAGUGAGCCCGGUUAGGCCACAGACAUCACGCCGCUCGAGGUCCAGAUCCAGCGGCAACUCCAGUCCACAGAGGAGAAGAGCGAGCAGAUCGCCCGCCAGGACGAAAGACCGUUCACCAGGUCGGAGAGAGACUUCUCCAGUCAGACGAGGCAGCAGAUCUCCCAGAAACAGAAGAGGUCGCUUGCCCACACAUAGCGGCGCUGAUGUCAAGAUAAAGGGGGAGCGGGAGGAGCAUCGGGCUGGUGGCGAUGAGCGGCGGAGAAGAAACGAUCAGCCAGAGGAGCGGCGGAGCAGGUGGGAAUCUGACAGGCCGCGGGAGAGAGAGAGCGGCAGAGACCGACCGAGAGAGCGAGGCGCACUCGCCUCUCAGCAAGCUGAAAGACGGCAGCACGAUGAGCAGCGCAGAGAAAACCGCCAGCAGCGCGAAGAAAAUCAAGAACCAGACAUGGGCGAGUCCGAAGGAAGGAUUGAGCCACCUGUUCAGAAAGAGAAGCCCAACUUUGGGCUGUCGGGCGCCCUAACCGAAGACACAAACACAUUCCGGGGGGUGGUGAUCAAGUACAAUGAGCCAGCCGAGGCUCGCAUUCCGAAGCGCAGAUGGCGGCUGUACCCGUUCAAGAAUGACGAGCCCCUUCCCGUCAUGUACAUUCACAGACAGAGUGCCUAUUUGUUGGGGCGUGAGCGCAAAAUUGCUGAUAUCCCCAUUGACCACCCAUCCUGCUCCAAGCAACAUGCAGUUUUCCAAUAUCGACUGAUGGCGUUUACGCGUGACAACGGCACCAGUGGUCGCAGGGUAAGGCCGUACAUCAUUGACCUGGGUUCCGGCAACGGCACCUACCUGAACAAUCAGCGCAUCGAAGCCCAGCGCUAUUACGAGCUCAAAGAAAAAGACGUGAUCAAGUUUGGCUUCAGCAGCCGCGAGUACGUCCUCCUGCAUGAGUUUUCAGAUACAAGCGAGGUCGACGUCAAGGGGGAAGAGGACGACGACGAGGGUCUCGAUGAGUAAAUUGUUCCCGCGACGUAUCCCCAAGUAGCUUCAGAUUUUACAAUAUCAUAAUCAAUGUUGAACAAAUAGCGGUGGGGAAUUGAACACGUAAUGGAACUGGUAAAUGUGCGACUUUAUUACAAUGAUGGAACGAGGCUGGUUUGUAUAUUCUGUAAUUACUGAACUGUUGCUUAAACCUGCCACAAAUGUCUCAAAGAACACUUCCUACUCUCAGGUUGAUUGUCUAAAGUCUGUGUGACGCAUGACUGAUCGCACGUCCGACAGGGCUCACAAUACAGUGCUCAAUACAGUGCUCGGUGCCAGAUAACGAUCUUGCUAAAUACAAUAGUUAAUUAUAUAUUUUUGGAUCACAGCACUCAGUACAAAGUUUAGCAGAAGAUUACUCUCUUUAUGUUCCAGCUGUCUGUCAAUGUACGAUAUGUGGAAUGUGAAUCGCAUAUUGUCAGUAAAACAUUACACACAUACAACUUGUAAUGACAUUGCCCUUUUCUUUUUUUGCUUUUGUAGUGCAGGAACAAAAAAUGUUGAUGCUGUUUUGUGUUUCCUUGCACCAACGCUGUGUGUAUUUACAGACUUCCCCUUUUUUAUUUGUGUCUGUUUGGAAGCCGACAGCAUUCAGUCAAUUUUCAUUCAUGUACUGUAAAUAAAGACAGCGGAAAUUUG